AUACCAUACCAUACCAUACCAUACCAUACCUACCACCUUGAUCAAUAUCAAUCAUUUCGGGAGAUAAGACUUUCUAGACAUACAUAUUCACAUUCGUUUGGAUAGAAACGACCUUUCUUGCCAUCCGAGCAUAUACAAAGUAACAUACAUAUCUCAUACAAGUGGUAGUGUCGACGAAAGUGGGGUUUGCAUCCUUUGGAUUGGCCAUUUAUCGUCGAGCUAUUUUACUUCACACCGCUGCUGCAUGUGAAGGAGUCAUUGAGUUCCUGAAGAUCUUUUUGCUGGUGGAAAAGUAAAAAUUAAAAAAAGAUUCUCAAUCCGUUGAGAGACUGAUUUGAUACAUACCCAUCUUUUGGCGUUGUACAAUCGUUUGGUUCGAGUUCACUACUCCGACAAUAUUCAUAUACAUACAUAGCUUCGACUUCCCCCAUCACACAAUCACAACACCCCACAGUCGACAAAAUGCGGAUCUCCAAAGGCAACCCGCAACUCCUCUCACUUCUCCUCCUCACCCUCUCCAAUACCUCUCCAGUGUCCGCAGGUCCCUUCCCUAAAGAUGAUAUUCACGAUCUCGGUUUCUCAUACCUUAUGGACCGCUCUUGCGUUUCCUACUGCGGCGCCGACAACCAAUAUUGUUGUACCGCUGGCCAAGCCUGCUACACUUCCGCAGGAAAUGUAGCUUACUGUUCUGCCUCUACUGCCGGCUCCGGUGGCUGGGCGGUCUACACAACCACCUACACCGAAACCGAUUUAUUGGUCGGAACAAGCACAUACAGUUCCUACUACGCCACUACCACCUCCGGAGGCAGCGCCGCCAUUUGCGAUACCAGCUCGGGCGAAACUUCCUGCGGAACAAUCUGUUGUGCCAGCGAUCAGAUGUGUGAAUACAGUGGACAAUGUACUGCUAGAACAAGUCUCUGGUCCUACACUGCUACUUCUGGUACCUACUCCGCUCCUGUUCGUCCAACAGGUGCCGCAACGUCUACUGCUACCGUCUCAGCCACGACUACCGAGCCCUUUAUCCCUCCAGCUACUGCAAGCGGAAGCACCUUGCCCAUCACGAGCACUAGCUCGAACAAUUUGAGCGGAGGCGCUAUUGCAGGAAUUGUCAUCGGUACGAUUCUCGGAGUUAUUCUCUUGCUCCUCUUGUGUUUCUGCUGUAUUGUCAAGGGACUCUGGGAUUCCGUUCUCGCACUCUUCGGUGGUAAAUCCCGGAGACGCGAAGGUGGUACUCGUACCGAGCGUAUCGAGACCGUAGAGCGUUAUCACAGACAUGGAUCUACGGCUGGAGGAGCAGCAAUGGGAGGUGCUGCCGGAGCUCGUAGAGAAAAUAAUGGAUGGUUUGGAGGCGCGCGAACAGAUAAGCCAACGAGAGUUGUAGAGACGAGGAAGAAGCAGAGUAGUGGCAUGGGGGGAAUGGGUGCCGUGGGUGCGGGAUUGGUAGGGUUGGCGGCGGUGUUGGGAUUGAGGAAGAAGGAGGCUGAGAGGAGGGAUGAGAAGAGGAGACCGGGUCCUACGGCGACGGUGACGGAUAUUAGCAGUACUUAUUAUACUGAUAGUUACACGGGAACGAGUGCUAGUUCCGCAAGCUCGGAUAGGAGAACGAGAGAGGAUACGAGGAGAGAUAGAGAUAGGAGCGUGAGGAGAUAAUUCUCAUUUCCUAUCUUAUCUUUGACGAUCUAGUCUAUUCUCACUAGACCAUCUCGAUUUAUUUGGGGAUCAUCUCACACAUACACACGAGAUUAUCCACCCUCUCACAUAUCAAAAACAGCACAAAGACAGCACCAACAAAAAAAACAUACACAUGAAUGAAAAACACGAAUUUAAGAGAUUCGAGAGAUUUUUCCGGCAGGCAUUAGCGAUUUGACUCAUUUCUCUGGCGUUAUUUGUUUUAUUUUUUGUUUAUAAUUUUCCUUUUCCUUUUUUGCAUUUCAUUUCCUUUCCUGCGUUUCUUUUCUUUCACACCAAAAGAACAAGGAAGAGGAAGAAGAGAUGGAAUAUGCAUGAGGAAUGAUGAAUGAAUGGGUGGGUGGGUGGCUCGGUUUACCUCGCAAACUUCAAUACUGCUUGCUUGCUAUAUGUUACGAAAGCUUGAAAGCGUUUAUACCAAUUUGAGCAGGCAUGCGUACAUAGUUUACACGAGAUGAGAUGAGGGUAUCGGGUGCUUUUGUAUUUUUACGACUUUUGUAUGAAGGGAUGAAUGAGGAAAGGGGACAUGAAAUGAACUGGUUGGAUGGUAAAGAGGAAAGGUUGGGUUAAUGAAAGUGUGAUGAGCGGAACGGAUAAUGGUUUUGGAGGUUGGGUGGCCACCUAUGGAAUGAUUGAAUGAAUGGAUGUGUGUGAGAAGGGGGAGGGUUAUACAUACAUACACACUUGCAUACAUACGUGCAUAUACAUUGAGUAAAUGUAUGCAUACAGCGGCUUCUACGAAUAAAAAACCCAUGUUUAAAAUUUA